UUUUGCAGCAGUCGUAAAUGAUGGCGCCAGCUGUCCUUGUUCACGUCAAAACAUUGUCAGGACUGCUCUCUGCAUAAGUUAAAAAUGGCUUCGUUUGGUUGGAAGCGGAAGGUUGGGGAGAAGGUUUCCAAGGCGACAGUGGAGCAGUUUGAGCGGGAGGCGGAGGAGAAGAAGGAUGAGCUGGAGGUGGAGGGUGUGGACUGGCUGCACGCCAUCAAGCGCAGACGAGAGAUCCUCUUGGAGGACUGCGCCACCAGGAGCAAGCGCCUGAAGGAUGAGGGAACAGUACUGGCUGAACAGGGCAGACACUGGGAGGCUAUUAAGCGCUGGGAAGAGGCCAUUCAGUUGACUCCAGAAGAGGCGUCCCUGUAUGAGAUGAAGGCUCAGGUUCUGUCCAUCCUGCAUGAGGUGUUCCCGGCAGUGCAGGCGGCAGAGAUGGCAGCCAAGCUGCGUCCCCACUGGUGGGAGGCGUGGCAAACCCUCGGCCGCGCCCAGCUUAGUCUAGGCGAGGUGGAGCUGGCGACCCGGUCAUUCCAGGUGGCCGUGCACCUGAGUCCGUGUGAGCGCCCCCUUUGGGAGGAGGACCUGUCAUGGGCACGGAAGCUCCGCGACCAGAAACGCAACGCCCAGAGCGUCCUCAACCAGGAGCAGGAGGCACGCCGUCUCCUAGACAACGCCCCGGAGCUGCAGCAGGACUACGACGACUUCGAGAGCGACGAGGUGAUUGCCGCGUGCACCGCGGUCGCCGAGCGCCAGAAGAAGUACGAGGAGCUCCAGAGGACGGCAGUGGUGGUGGCCGCACAAAGCGUAACCAUAGAAACAGUGCGGGAGGACUCUGACAGACCACCCUGUACGUCGCACAGUGACUUUGUGAAAGCGAGGGGAUUGUAGACAAGCACAACCCAAACUGUCGGGGUUUCGUGUUUUGUGUUCUUUUGUUUGUUUUUUGAAAUCUAUUGAUAAUGUACAGAUGAGAUUAUAAUUUUUAGUUUUGGCCUAAAUCUAAUUGAUGUACUCAAGCCUGAUAGCUAAGUCAUGUACCUGCUUGUUGAAAUGUCAAGGCUGAUUGGUCAGGGUUGGCCUCUUCUUUUGUUUUGCUCUGUUUUCUUUCUCUGGAGAAGUGCUCCCUCCCGGUCAGAGUUCCUGAUUUGAUUGAGUUCUCUCUGUAUAAAAAAAAAAAGUCAAAGCUCCUCACUGGAAAACCUAUUUGUUUGAAAUCCUCAGCAGUGACACGUCUUUGUCCUCAGACGUAAAAUAUGUCCUUGGCUCGGUCACACUGGUGUCCUCUUUGAGCUACAUGAGAAGAGAAGCACUAAUGUACCUCUGACGAGGCAUAAUUCUUUUCCACCAGGAGUGUUUAUGUUGGCCUCCAUGGCAAAGUCAUUCUCCCACCCACCCGUUCUGACUAACAUCGAAUCCCAGAAUUCCCUUAUUCAAGGCAUCAUCUGAGACCCCUCCAAGGACCUGGAAAUGCUGCUAGAUCCAUAAGCAGGCAUCUAUCAAGCCAUCCUCCACAUCCUCCAGUUAAAGAGGGGCAACUGAAUCCCACUCACAUCCCAUUUAGAAGCUCCUCUCUCCCUCUCCAUCUCCAUCAAUGUCAUAAAUGUUUUUUUCGGCAAGAGCUGAUGUUUUCAGGCAAGCCGCGGCCAGUUUUGAUGAGUGUAUCGGAUGCAUGGGACAUCCUGUCAUUUCUGAAACCAUUAGCUAAUGCACAGGGGAUGGAUGGCACACACACACACACACACACACACACACACACACACACACACACACACACACACACACACACACACACACACAGAGUCAUUCUUAGCUGAGCUGAGCGGAGCAGUGAGGGAGACACACACACACACACACACACACACACACACACACACACACACACACACACACACACAGAGAGAGAGAGGGCUCUGAGAGGUUAAAGUCAUUGAGAAUAUGAGAAAAUUAAGACUUCCUCUCGACACACUUCUGCUCGUGUGUUCUGCUCUGCUCGAGGAGAUGUGCUGUCCAAUCCACCAGUAGCAGCAGCUUCCGUCCAGGCUUUAAUAGCUUUCAUUCAGGCUUUAAUAGCUUCCAUCCAUGCUCAGCUUCCAUCCAUGCUCAGUUUCGGUCCAUGCUCAGCUUCGGUCCAUGCUCAGCUUCAGUCCAUACUCAGCUUCAGUCCAUACUCAGCUUCGGUCCAGGCUCCUCUGCUUCAGGGUGAUGCUCAGUUGUGGUCCGAAUCAUGGAAACGGGACGCUGACCUUAGAUGGGUAUCAGCAUGUUGUGAUUGCAUUUUUGGUGCAUUCAUUGUGAGCAUUGUGUACAUUAAUAAGGUCUAUACACAAAGCUGUCAUUCAGGUUCCUGAUGUUCUUUGAGAAAACAUGUUUUAAUGAAAUGUAAACACCAUGGUGGACCCUCCCUGCCCCUUUUUGCACCAGAAACAACUGGUUUCACCACACUGACAAAGACCCAAAUGGAAGAAAUAUGAAAUAAAAACCUUUAAAAAUACAGGA